CCUCUGUCGGUUUUCUCUAUCCAUAUUCGUUAUCUAGUGAGUGUGGAACUUCUGGUGUAGCUCAACGCACACAACAAUGGCGUCAGUUUCAGUCAUGGCUACGAGCAGCGACAGCAGGUGGUCCAUGGCUUCCUUGCGGUCUGCUUUACCCUCUCCUUCCACUCCUCCCUCAUCAUUUUCCUCUUCAUUGCGCUUCUCUGUCGCUGCAUCUUCUUCAUCUUCUUCUGUGAAACUCCGAAUUUCUCGAACCAAACCCAAAUCCCUUCUCACCACUUUCACUGGUCUCACCCCUCUUAACCCCCUCUUCCUCUCCGCUCCUUCUUCUGCUUCAGAAUACACCGGCUUUGAUCACUCCUUCACCAUUAUUGACAAUGGUGGCCGAGUAUUUGCCAUGAGACAUGGGAGGCGGGUGCCCAAACUCAACAGGCCACCUGAUCAGCGCCGUGCACUCAUUCGAGGCCUUACAACUCAGCUCCUCAAAUAUGGUCGCAUCAAGACCACCAGAGCAAGGGCCAGUGCAAUUAGGAAGUAUGUUGAUAAAAUGAUAACUUUAGCAAAGGAUGGAUCUCUUCAUAAAAGGAGACAAGCCCUUGGGUUCAUCUACGAGAAGCAGAUUGUUCAUGCUUUAUUUGCAGAGGUGCCAGAGCGUUAUGGUGAAAGAAAUGGGGGUUACACAAGAAUUAUAAGAACCCUACCAAGGCGAGGUGAUAAUGCACCUAUGGCAUACAUUGAACUUGUGUAACCAUCACCUUUAUUUGGGUGCUAUUAUCAGCAAUCUCACUGCGAUCUUGAGCUUGGCUAUGUAUUCAGCGGUAACAAUGAUUCUACAGUUUGUGUAUUAUGCCUUUUUGAUUAGUUUUAGUCUGUGCAUCUCUUUGUGUACUUAUGGACAAACGACAAUCAUCUUUGAUUUUAAGUGAUCAUCUGCAGAAGUUCAUAGAUUCACUUAUUUGUUAAGAUAACAGAUGUUUUAAGUGCGUUUGUAUUUGUGAUAUGCCUUUUUGACUACUGUGUUUAUGGGUCUUGCUGUAAUAAUUCUUGACACACAGCAUUUCUAAUAUCAAGUGAUAUUACCUACAUUUAAAAA